UCACCAUGAAAGACAAACAAGCUUACAGAUUAAAGACAAUGGAGAGCAGCUCAGCAUGAAAGAGAAACAAGUUUACAGGUUAAAGAGACCACCGAGAGCUUUUUUGUGUCAAUUGUAAAACCCAAACAGUGAGCUGAGAAUGGGCAUAGAGAAAGAAAUUCAAGUACCAAAUUUGGUGGAAGACUUUGCAGGGGCACUAAAACUUUAUGAUGAUGGAACCAUCAUUCGCACCGAUCAGGACAAUCUCAUUGUGAACGUUCCUCCCUCCCUACAAAACCAAGAUGUUAAAAGUAGAGAUGUUGUAAUAAACGAGGAAUUGGGCAUUUGGGUUCGCUUCUUCCUCCCCUCCCCUAAGCCCGCCUCCUCUAAGCUAUCUCUUGCUCUCUUCUUCCAUGGCGGUGGCUUUUGUUUCCUUUCUCCUUCAUUUCUUGCUUCCCACUCCUUUUGCCAAAAGUGGGCUGCCACCUUAGGAAUAAUGAUAGUUUCAGUGAAUUACAGAUGGGCUCCAGAGAAUCGCCUUCCUGCAGCUUAUGAGGACUCCAUGGCUGUACUCCAAUGGCUUUUCUCCGCCUCUGAUCCAUGGCUCAAUUACCACGCUGAUCUCAGCAAUGUGUUUCUUAUUGGGGAGAGCUCAGGAGGGAAUAUAAUCCAUCAUCUUCUUAUGCGAGCCCAUGCUUGUGAUUCCUUUGACAAUAUUAGAGGAGCGAUUCUGAUUCAGCCCUUCUUUGGAGGGAAAGAUCGUACCCACUCGGAGAAUGUGUGUCCAAGGGAUGUUUUGGUGAAUGUGGAGGCUUGUGAUACAUUUUGGAGAUUGGCUUUGCCAUUUGAAGCGCAUGGAAAUAGAGAUCACCCAUUCAGCAAUCCAGUCAUGUAUUUUCCUUUGGAGUUGAGUAGCGUAAUUGGGUUUCCUCCCAUGUUGGUUGUUUUGGGAGGCAAGGAUUGUUUGAGGGAUAGAGGAGAAGAGUACUACGAGGCUAUCAAAGUCUGUGGGAAGUGUAAGAGUAUUGAUUUGAUUGUGUUUGAGAAGGAAGAACAUGGGUUUCAUCUUUCUUUCAAUGAAACAGACCCUGAUAAUCAGGAGUACUCCAACAAUGGCAGAUUAAUGCACGAGGCGGCUCUAUUUGUGUCUUCCAACAGCCAUUGAGCUCGCUUUAUAUUUUAGGGUUUGGAUCUUUUUAACCGUCAUGCAAAUAUGUUCUCGUUAAUCCAAGCAAUGUUAAUGAAGUCUGGACAUUACAAACCUCCGUGUACUCACUAAGUUUGGAUCUUUACUUAUUUGCUAGUUUUUAUUUCUGUAACGACGACUG